AUGGAGCAAUCUCCAAAAUUCCAAGCGAAUAAUAUCGCACAAUUUCCAGAUUUCGCCGAUUUCAUGAAUAAGGCCUUCAAAAGAAAUCAAAAGGAAAUCAGGGAAAUCGAGCGGAUUUCUCAUGAUAUAACAAUAGUGGUGAAAACAGCU